CCUUCAAGCCGACUCGGAGAAGACAGUGCUGUGAGGUGCCGCGCGGGCCGAGUGGGCUGGAUCGGCGGGUAACGGGCCGGGACUGCGUGUGUCCUCGGGAGGCGUCCGUGCGGGGCGUCCCGCCCUGGGGCAGCGGCUGGGAUCGUCGGGCUGUCUGCUCCUGGCCACUACGCUGCUUUGGUCUUUCUGGCAUCAUUCUAUUUGCCAAAAGGAUGGUUUCUCCCCACCGUGGAAGGGGUUGGAUGAUGUACCUCGCUCUCUGGGACGCCCCACUUGGCUGUAAUCUCAGGAAGGCCUCUUAAACCCCGGCUCACCUCACAGCCACUUCUGGAAGCUACUUGAGAAAAAAAAAAUGAUGUGACAGACCCUCUCAGGAAGGAUUUUCAGAAACCCAACAUCCGCAGAAGAAAGUGGCCCAUUUCCCUUUUGCAAAGUAGACAUUCUCGGAUCCCAAAAUGCCAGCCAAGACACCGAUUUACCUAAAAGCUGCCAAUAACAAGAAAGGCAAGAAAUUUAAACUGAGGGACAUCUUGUCCCCCGAUAUGAUCAGCCCUCCCCUCGGAGACUUCCGCCACACCAUUCACAUUGGCAAAGAGGGCCAGCACGAUGUCUUCGGCGACAUCUCCUUCCUGCAAGGGAACUAUGAGCUGCUCCCAGGGAACCAGGAGAAAGCACGCCUGGGUCCCUUCCCCGGGCACAGCGAGUUCCUGCGGGCCAACAGCACCUCCGACUCCGUGUUCAUAGACACACCCUCCCCGGUGCUCAAAAAUGCCAUCUCCCUUCCGACCAUUGGAGGGUCCCAGGCACUCAUGUUGCCCUUGCUGUCGCCGGUGACAUUUAGUUCCAAACAGGAGUCCUUUGGGCCGGCCAAGCUGCCCCGGCUCAGCUGUGAGCCGGUCGUGGAGGAGAAGGCCCCAGAGAAGAGCGGUCUGCUGGAGAACGGGACAGGCCACCAGGGAGACGUCUCAUGGGGCUCCAGCGGCUCCGCGUCACAGUCCAGCCGGGGCAGGGACAGCCACUCCUCCAGCCUCUCCGAACAGUACUCUGACUGGCCGGCCGAGGACAUGUUUGAUCAUCCCGCCCCGUGCCAGCUCGUCAAGGAGAAGACGAAGUCAGAGGAGUCCCUCUCUGACCUCACGGGUUCCCUCCUCUCCCUGCAGCUCGAUCUGGGGCCUUCCUUUUUGGAUGAGGUGCUGAAUGUCAUGGAUAAAAAUAAGUAAUGGACACCGUGGACUCCUGUCCUUUGGGGGAAAAGGUAUCAGAAAAUAAAAACUAAACUAACCACAGUCAAAGAGAAGAGCUUCACUGGCUAUGUGUGCAGUUGUGCGUGAUGGGUUUUCUAAAAUCAUGUUCCUACGAAAUAUUUUUUGUACCUGUGAUGCCCUGUUUGCAAAAACAAUUAGAAAAAAACAAAACAAAACAAACAAACAAACAAAAACCCGUCCUGGCAGAAAGGAAGUGAGUCAGUCAGAACCCAUUUUCAGCAGGCAUCGCUAAUGUUCAGCUCACAUUUUUUUUGUUUCCAGAAACGUAAGAACUCUGGCUCGGCCAGGAUUGGCACUAGCUACAAAGGGCUGCACAAGUCACGUUAAAGAACUUGACAAUACUCCAGCAUUUUCUGAACAAGAAGAAGUCAAAAUUUAAUACCUAAGCCUUUUUUUCUAGACUCUUUUCUAUAUUACCUUAUUUGGGCUCACCAUAGCGAAUUCUUCAGUGUUAAAACUGUUCUCUGUUUUCACAUUUGAACAACUCUAUGGGUUCGGGGGAUUUUCUCGUAGCUCUUAUAUAUCCCGAUAUAUUAUAUCUAUAUCGCGCAAUUUUGACAGUCAGCUAUACAUGUUGGUAAGACACAAGCGAAGUAUUACUGUAACUAAGUUAUUUUUAAAGUUAAAAUAUAUUUUUAUGUGCCUUUGGCUUUUUAUUGCAGAGUCUACAUUUUAUAGCUCCUACAUCAGAUGUUGUCAUUUGACUUAUGUCCAUUAGGGCUCCAUUGUAAGCUGCGUAUGUAUAUGUUUGGAAAAGUGUAUUCAUACUUAGCUUUAUUUCUUUCUCUUCAUCUGUUAGCGUACUUUUCACAGCAUCCAACAAUGGAUUGUUAAGUUUAAAGGCAUAGGUUACUCAUGAUGCUUCUGCAGAGACUGUGGUCUACACCAUAUAAUGUUAUUUGGAAAUAUAGGUAUUUUAGUACAGUACAUACUUGCAUUACGUAGGUACUUCAUGCGACACAAUAAAGAGUAAAUGUUAAAAUGAAAUUGCUUGUUUAUAGUAAUAACAGGGCUAGAAAAAUGGCUUCUCUAAAGUGUAUGUGAGCCUUUAAAAUAAGAGGCGAUUUUCAUCCACUCUGCAGUUUUGAUUUUUUGCCCAAAGGUUUGAGAGUCCAGAAACAAGGGCCCUUCAGUUUUAGGAAAAAUGAACAUGUGAGAUCAGAA